AUGUUGCCGAAUCUUCGCUUGGUCGCUUGCGUAGCAGGACUCGCCUGUCUCGCAUCAGCCGCCAGUGCAGCACCCUCGAUCACCGCCGAUAAACGGGUUUACACCUGUACCAUUGAGGCCAAUGGAGAUGGGUCUGAUGACGCUCCCGCCAUUCGCGACGCCUUUACCGAAUGUCAAAGCAAUGCUCGCAUAGUCUUUCAGAAUACCACCUACUACAUCAAUAGUCCUUUGAACACAACCACAUUGUCAAAUGUCGAUAUUGACAUUUAUGGCUAUCUACUUUGGAGUAAUGAUACAAGCUAUUGGCUUGACCAUUCCAUGCCCAUUGGCUACCAGAACCAAUCGACCGUGUGGUUUCUGGGCGGUCAAAACAUUAAUGUCAAUGGAUACGGCUCGGGCACAUUUGACGGGAAUGGGCAGGUUUGGUAUGACCUUGUCAAGGGCGAAUCCAAUUAUCCAAAAAGGCCGAUGGGCUUGACCAUUUGGGGUGCUUCCGACUCUUCCUUUAAAAGACUGAAUUUCGUUCAGAGCCAAAUGUGGACAAUGACCAUUAUACACUCGAACAAUGUGUUGAUGGAAGAUAUAUACGUCAACUCGACCAGCCACAGUGGAAAUCCGGCGCGCAACACGGAUGGACUCGACACGCUGUUUUCCGACAAUAUUGUCCUGCGGCGGUGGCUCGUCGAUAAUGGCGACGACGCCAUCAGCCUCAAGGCCAACUCCACCAAUGUUUUACUCGAGGACAGCGUCUUUAGAAGAGGACAAGGCUUCGCCCUGGGCAGUAUUGGUCAGUACGUUGGGGCAUUUGAGACGAUUGAAAACGUCACGGUGCGCAACGUCAGUAUGAUCAAUACCAACUUUGCCGUCAAUGUCAAGACGUGGACUGGCGAUCGAGUCAACUAUCCGCCCAAUGGAGGUGGCGGUGGGCUAGGAUAUCUUAAAAAUGUCACGAUUCAGGAUCUCACCUUGAACCGAGUACGAAGUUUCGCAGUUAAUGUCGGUCAGUGUACAUCAUAUUCGGGCGGUUCCCCCGACUGCAAUAGCUCGCUCUUUCACAUUGGCAACAUUACCUUUGACAACAUCACCGGUGAUAUCGCCGAAUAA